GAUAUAAGGACGUGGUUUGUUCCGGUAAAAAGUGGAUUGUACUGCUUGAAGGCAGACGGUUUUAGAAAAUCAUUUAUUAUGUUUUAACCAUAAAUUUUACAUAGUUUACAACUAUGUUAUUUAGCUUUAUAACACGAUGAGGCCGCUGUAUUUUUAUUGUGAAAACUCGGCACUGUAACGCCGUGCCCUGCUGCCUAGCUGUGCAUCGACUGAAGAAACAAUGCGGGCCUAGCUAGCAGCUAACGCUAACUAGCUGGAGCUAAUCGGAUAACGCUGGUCCAGCAGACUGCAGAGGGAUUUAAACCUUGGACGAAGCCGCUUUCGACGGUUUAAAAACUCCCCGAAUCGCAAUGAGCUCUCAGCUGCAGGUCUUCUCCCCUCCCUCGAUCUCCUCCAGUGCCUUUUGCCGCGUUAAGAAGCUCAAGGUAGAAAGCAAUCUCUGGGAUGUUUCCACCACUGAACCGUACAGCUCCACAGCUGGCCAGUCAGCGUACACGUUUACUCCAGCAAUGGCUGUGCCUCCCUUUGGACCGUCCCUGGUCUUCCCCCCAGCAGCUCCUGGUUCCAGGGGUCAAGUGGUGGUGCGUGCCGCUGAUAGCACUGGUAGUCUUCCCCGUGGUUCCAGCCGCCGUGUCGCUGAGCAGGCGACGUCCACCUCUUAUGCCCAUGCGGAGACGUCCUCUGAAACAAGGGGACACAGGCACGGACAUAAAAGAAAGAUCGAAGAGGUGAACGAGAGCAGUGGGAGCGGAUGUGGCAGUGUUCAAAUAUUAGAGGAGCUCUCAGCCCCCGCUGCAACAUACUCCAUUCGCACUGGUGGGGGAGGAGGCGGCACUGGCCAGUCUAUACCCCACUCUGCUCCCACCACCAAGAGUAGCAGCUCCAAUGGCGAAGGAGAUUAUCAGCUAGUGCAGCACGAGAUCCUCUGCUCUGUAUCCUGCAGCUAUGAAGUACUAGAGUUUCUGGGAAGAGGCACGUUUGGACAAGUGGCCAAAUGUUGGAAAAGGGGCACCAAUGAGAUUGUGGCCAUCAAGAUCCUGAAAAACCAUCCUUCUUAUGCUCGACAAGGACAAAUUGAGGUGGGCAUCCUGAACCGACUAAGUGCAGAAAAUGCAGACGAGUAUAAUUUUGUGCGUUCCUAUGAGUGCUUCCAACACAAAGGUCACACCUGCCUGGUGUUUGAGAUGCUUGAACAGAAUCUGUACGACUUUCUCAAGCACAGCAAGUUCAGCCCGCUGCCCCUGCGCCACAUUAGACCUAUACUGCAACAGGUGGCUACGGCUCUAAUGAAGUUGAAGAGCCUGGGUCUCAUCCAUGCAGACCUGAAGCCUGAGAACAUUAUGCUGGUGGACCCUAUCAGACAGCCCUACAGGGUGAAGGUCAUUGACUUUGGCUCAGCAAGUCAUGUGUCCAAGGCUGUCUGCUCAACAUACUUGCAAUCUCGCUAUUACAGGGCUCCAGAGAUCAUUUUAGGUCUGCCCUUCUGUGAGGCUAUUGACAUGUGGUCUUUAGGCUGUGUGAUAGCGGAGUUGUUUCUGGGUUGGCCACUUUACCCUGGAGCCUCUGAGUAUGACCAGAUUCGUUAUAUUUCCCAGACUCAAGGCCUACCGGCAGAGUACCUGCUGAGCGCUGGUACUAAAACCAGCCGCUUUUUCAAUCGAGGUCCUGACUCUAGUUACCCACUCUGGAGGCUUAAGACCCCAUCAGAGCAUGAGAUGGAGAUGGGCAUCAAGUCCAAGGAAGCCAGGAAGUACAUCUUCAACUGUCUGGAUGACAUGAUGCAGGUCAAUUUGUCGUCUCAUCUAGAAGGGACGGACAUGCUGGCAGAAAAGGCUGAUAGACGAGAGUUUAUUGACCUCCUGAAGCGAAUGCUCCGCCUGGAUGCUGACAAAAGGAUCACUCCUACAAAAACUCUGGGCCACCCCUUUGUCACAAUGAGCCACCUCAUGGAUUAUCCCCACAGCUCUCAUGUGAAGUCGUGCUUCCAGAACAUGGAGAUCUGCAAGCGCAGGAGCUCGUAUGACAGUGGCAAAUCGCUGUACUCCACCAACGCAGUCCCCAGUGCAGCAGCGGGGAACCUCACUGUCACUUUUAGUAGCCAACUCAACCAGCAUAACCAGGUGCCUUCUGCGGGGGGAGCGGUGCCUUUGCUGAACUACCAACCAGCCCUGUACCAGCAGGCAACCAUUAACAUUCCUGGGCUGACUCAACAGAGUGUCCCGAUUCCAGCCCGCCCUGCUGGGCUGUGUAGCCAGACAGAGCCCUUCCAGCAGACUCUCAUUGUCUGCCCACCCUCCACUAUUCAGGGACUACAGCCAUCCACCAAGAAUACCAGUUUCCCUGUGAGAAUGGAGAACUCUGUACCUAUAGUACCUCAGAACCAGUCUGCUCAGCAGUUGCAGAUCCAGCCAAGCAUGCUCACACAGGGUUCCUGCACACCCCUGAUGGUGGCCACCCUGCACCCACCCUCAGCAAGCAUAGCCCCUCAGUAUUCUCUGCCCCUUGGGCUGGGCGCUGGGGUGGGUCGACCCACCCUCCUGGAGCACACAGCCACAGUGCUGCAGGCCUGGCCCACUGGCACCCAGCAAAUACUCAUCCCAUCGUCAUGGCAGCAGGUCCCAGGUGUGGCUAUUCAUAACUCAGCCCACCAGUCGACUGUCACCAAUUCUCCCCUGGAAUCACUUCGCUCAGAUGCUGCUGCACAUCAAGGACACAGCUGGAGGAGCACAACCCAAACCAGGACUCAGGAUAGGAAAAAGGUUAAGGCCAGACGUGGGGAGAACAGGAACAGGGGUAUAUCUGCGGCAUCUUUGCUCAGCAGCAGCAGCGCAACUCCACCCACCUCCACUUCAAUGUUGUCCCAGCCAAUCAUCAUUUCAGACACACCCAGUCCAGCGGUCAGCAUCAUCACAAUUCACAGCGACACUGAUACAGAGGAUGAGCGCAAAUUUCAUCCCGCCAGUGUUGGUCUGAGCCAGCGCACCAAUGUUAUCAGUUGUGUGACUGUGCACGACUCGGAUUCCUCCACCAACAGCCCCCUGACUCCUCUGCCCCGGACACUGAACCCCACUAGUGCCGCGUCAUCGCGCCAGGCCAAGUCUUUGGCGGUCGUGGCGCCUUCAGUCAAAACCCAGGGCACCGACAGAGGAGCAGCAGCACAGGCACGGGUGGAGCCAGUGAGCUACGUGAAGCCUAAAAGAUCCAACCGGCAGCCGUGCAGUUCAGGUGAAAGCAUGGAGCGCCAUGGACUGCUGCCGAGCCAGUCACACCCCUUAAACCUCAGCCAGGUGCAGCCCUUGGUUUCCUCGUCUCAGGAGCGUUCUGGGGCGUCCCACGGUGACUCGUCGCUGCGUCGCCAGCAGACGUUUCCUGCCUCAGCUUCUCACUACAACUUCCCCGAGGUGUCCACCCUGGCCUCGGCCCCCGGCUCCAGCCUCUACACCUACCCGGCCUCCACCGCCCUCUCCUCGGCCUCGCAGGCCAUGGAGCAGCUGCUGGGCCGUGGUCACGGCAGUCACGGACACUCUCCCUCCACCUAUGCAGCAACAUACACCUCAUCGUCCUCGUCCAGGAGAGACUCGGCCAGUCGUAAGGAUCCUGUCAGUAACCUGCUGCACAGCCUCCCCGCAGCCUACCAGCAUCAGUUCGCCGCUGGCUCUCCCUACGUUGGCGUAACGCCCCGGGCAGAGGCGUACAGCGCCUACCAGCUGAGCCCCAGGCGCCUCACACAGUACCCCUACUUAUAGGGAGACCUGCAACUACUUUCCCUGCAUAGUCUGACAAAGGGACAUCUAAACUGUAUUUCCUGUAGCGUAAGUGUCGGUCACUUAUUCGUUUGCUGCUUUUAACUCCUUACUUACUCUCUCACUGUUUCUGACAUGACCUCUGGUAUUAUUUCACAUUUUCACACUCAAAUAUUGUUAUAACCUGUUUUAGUCUCAUCCUACCCAGAUGUACAUUUAAGGCAUUGUGGUAAAUGUGUUUGACUCCUGUUGGUUUUUUAAUUUUAGUUUGGAGCGUUUGUGUGAAGAGAGAAUCUCCUGCCACAAGCUGCAAUGACACUUUAAGCACGCGUUUAGGCUCACAAGGCUCGUGAAGCGGAAACCUUUUCACACUAAUCCUGCAAGGCCCUGUGGUUUUUAGCAUAAUGAAAUUACUGUAUCGUACCCACACCCAUGUUUACCACAUGUCUUUUACUAUGUUUAAAUUAUGUUUUGUCAAUGUGAGGUGAAGAGAAAGUUCCACGAAGAUGCUGAAUAAGAGAAGUGUGGCGAAAACUGUGAUGGAUACAUGUUAAUUUAAGUGCACAUGUGAUGGUCUGUUGAUGUAGUGUCAGUAUUUAGGCAGGAUUAAUCACGUUUUUAUGCAAUAGACCUUUUUGUUUUUUUUCCUUUUAAUCUGCGUCUACUGACUGCUGGACGUAUAUUCAUUGUAAAGGAUUGUGUUCAACCAUCAUGAGGAAUAACGUGAAAUGCUCUUGUUGUAAUGUAUUGAGGAAAAAAAAAACAAAAAAGAGAAUUAGCCUUCUUUCCCUAAUUUUUCUCCUUGUAGUAACCAAGCUCCUUUUUCACAUGGACUGAAAAAUUCUAUAUCUGACUCCCGAUUGUGUAGGACCUACUUGAUAUGGCAGUUUUUACUGUUUUCUAUUAGGGAGAAAAAAAUUUCACUGCCUGCUAGGAGACUAACAAAUUACCCACUGCUGUAAUUAACAGGCUUCCAGCAGCUCAACAGCAUUUCCGCCAUAUUUAAUUAUGAGUUAGAUCUGUCUUUGUGGGUUUUAAAAGUUUUAAGUUACUCCUUCCUUUUGUGUUUGCCUUGUUUUUGUGUUGUAAUGUCUGGAUAUUUAACUGUAUUUCAUCUAAACAUAGUAUAGUUUGGCUGUUUGGUAGAACUAAUUCAGGGAAAGAGGUUCCGGCUCAAAUAAUCCACUGUCAUUGUUUCCAAUAAAAUAACCAUAACUUCGG